AUCGAUCAAUCACUGAUAGAAUGAGCGCGUGUGCGCGCGCGUCUGAGCUCGCAGCGGCCGCGAGCCGCCGGCUGAGAAAACUGUCAACGGAGCAGCAGGAAGGAGAGACUGAGUGUUAGAGACGGAUCAUUUCACUAAAGAGGAGGUGGAAACACCAUCAUCAUCAUCAUCAGUCACCCCCAUCUGCACUCUGAUCUGUGACGUCACCGCGGCUUUAUAAGAGCCGCUCUGGCGGGACAGCGCCAGAAGACCCGCAGACCCGCAGACAGACAGACAGACAGGAUGAAGAUGGUCCGCUGCCUCCUCCUGCUCCUCCUCUCCCUCAGCGCCUCCAUCAGCUGCUCCUCCGCCGCGCAGAGAGACUCCAAACUCCGCCUGCUGCUGCACCGGACCCCGCUGCUGGGCUCCAAACAGGACGUGUCUGGCACGUCGCUGGCGGAGCUGCUCCUGUCGGACCUCCUGCAGGUGGAGAACGAGGCUCUGGAGGAGGAGAACUUCCCUCUGGGUGAAGGAGAACCGGAAGACGUUCAUGUGGAUCUGGAACGAGCCGCCGCCGCCGGCAGCGGGCCCCUGCUGGCCCCCCGAGAACGCAAAGCCGGCUGCAAGAACUUCUUCUGGAAGACCUUCACAUCCUGCUGAGAGCCUUAUCAUCACCAUUCCUUCAUCCUCCUCCUCUUCAGAAACUGUACAGAACAUUUAUCUAUCAGAUUAUUGAUUAUUGAUGAUUAGUUUGAAUGAAUUGUUUAGAUUUUCCAGAGAAACUCGAUGAAUCUUUCUGAAUGUAAACUUUGUUUUGUGAACUGAGCAGAUGAUGAAACUAUUUUUAAUUGUUGGUUUGAAUAAAAUCUGUUUGAGACAAAGAGUGUGAAGAGUUCCAUCAUCAAACAAUAAACAGCUGAUCAGGA